GUCUUUUCAAAGGAUACAGUAAUAACUAGCCACGGGACAUGGGAAUCCAACAGAUACAGCCUGAAGAUAAGCUACAGAAUUAAUCCUAAUUACGCACCCCAUGCAUGAAAAAAAACUUCGCCUGCUUGAACCGAAUACUUUUUUUUUUAAUUCCACGCGGGAACCUUGCAGUAAUUUUUUCCUCUUUGGACGAUCGUGUUUGUUCAGGGUAAAGACAUGUAACAUUUCUGGAAUUUAUCAUCUUUUAUUAUGCGAUUGAGUCUUUCAAGGAAUAAUAUAACUGGACAAUCAAUAGCGAUUUUAUUGUUCCAACCGCGCAUGUGCACAACUGUCUGAGCACAACACCGAUAGUUUACUUUCAUGUUAACUCCCCGCUUAAUUGAUUGUGAUUCCACUUCAAAUUAGUUUUCUUUCCCGAUGGAACCGUAACAAAUGGGGAGACGAGAGGGCAUGGAGAUCAAGUAGGGAAGACCAAAACAGCCAUGAAGCGACAGAAUGUGAGGACGCUUUCACUUAUCGUCUGCACCUUUACUUACCUUCUGAUCGGGGCCGCUGUAUUUGAUGCCCUGGAAUCAGAAAAUGAAAUCAAACUGAAGAACAAACUACUCCAGGAAGAGAGGAACUUCAUUGAAAAAUUUAACAUCAGUGACAAAGUGUUCGAGGACAUCAGAAUAAAUGUUUUGAAGUCCAAACCUUACAAAGCCGGGGUCCAAUGGAAAUUCUCAGGAGCGCUGUAUUUUUCUCUUUUAGUUGUAUCCCUCAUAGGUUAUGGCCACAGCACACCAAAAACUGUGUUCGGAAAAAUAUUCUGUAUGCUCUACGCACUGGCUGGAAUCCCGCUUUGCAUGAUCAUGUUUCAAAGUGUUGGUGAAAGAUUAAACACAUUUGUGACCUACCUUUUGAAAAAUAUCAAAAAAUGCUUCAGGUUCAAGAAGGCUGAAGUUUCUCAAACCGACGUUUUGUUCAUAACCUUAAGUUUGUCUACACUAAUCCUGACGACGGGGUCGCUGUUGUUCUCUGAACUGGAGAACUGGCCAAUCAUCAACUCUGUCUACUAUUGCUUCAUCACGCUGACUACGAUUGGCUUUGGUGAUUACGUAGCUAUGCAGAAGGAAAACAUUCUCCAAACGAGACCAGGUUAUGUAUUGUUCGUCCUCCUUUUUAUUCUAAUUGGAUUGACAGUGAUAUCUGCUGCCAUGAAUCUCUUGGUGCUUCGUUGUUUGACUUUAAACAGCGAAGACGAAAAGAGAGAUGAGAUGGAGGCAGCGGAAGCUGCGCGGAAUGCCGUGCGAUUGAAUGGUGACGUAAUCACCGGAAAUGGUGGAGUCGUUUCAAAUGCGAACGAAACUCCCGAAUACCAAGACGCGAUAUCAGUUUGCUCUUGUUCCUGUUACAAGUGGAGGUCCCCAAACAAUGGAAAAAUACAUAACUCCAAUCCCAACAUUAAUCACGUAACGUCAUUCAGUAUUGCUAAAGAAGACGAAAUGUCGGAAGAAACAGAUUCAUUUCUCCAUUGGCAAAAAACAAAACGGGCCUCGUUCUGAUAAUGACGAUAAACAAUUACCAUUUUGUGCCAUAUAUAAUAUAUUUUCAAAGUGUUAAAUACUGGGUAUAUAUAUAUAUAUAUAAACGCUUUGAACGUUUUAAAAUAUGUAUUUUUAAGUAUUGUCUAUUAAAUGCCUUUUGAAACCGA